CUGUGGCCGUCCUGGAUGCAGAGCAGCAACAUGGCUGCACAGACCGGCAGCAGGAACCUCAGACCGGGGACGAGCCUCCUCAAAACCCUGCUGACCCGCAGCCUGAGACCCGGGCCGGGCCACCGCGGGGUCAGACCGGGACCGGGAGCAGGACCCGGGCAGAGCAGGUCCCUCUCCUCCGGGACCGGGAGGCUGUCCCCGGUCUGGAGCCCGCAGCUGCCCGGCCGGUCCCACCAGGAGCUGUACCGGCUCUCCGUGUCGGAUCCGGAUCAGUUCUGGGGCUCCGCCGCCGCGGACCGGCUCCGGUGGAUCAAACCCUUUCAGCGUGUCCGGGACUGUGAGCUCAGCAGCGGCAGGAUCGGCUGGUUCCUCGGGGGGCAGCUCAACGUGUCCGUGAACUGUCUGGACGUCCACGUGGAGAAGCAUCCGGACCGAGUUGCCCUCAUCUGGGAGAGAGACGAGCCGGGCACCGAAGAGAAGGUCACCUACAGGGAGCUGCUGGAGACCACCUGCCGCCUGGCCAACACCCUCAAGAGCCAUGGUGUGUGCAAAGGGGACCGGGUGGCCAUUUACAUGCCCGUCUGCCCACUGGCGGUGGCGGCCAUGUUGGCGUGUGCACGUAUUGGCGCCGUCCACACGGUGGUGUUCGCUGGCUUCAGCUCGGAGGCGCUGGCGGGCAGGAUCCAGGACGCUGAGUGUAAGGUGGUGCUGACGUGUAACCAGGCGGUGCGAGGCGGCCGCCUGCUGGACCUCAAACGCACCGUGGACGAGGCGGUGAGGAGCUGCCCAUCUGUCCGCCACGUGCUGGUGGCCCGGCGCACCAGUAACCCCACCGCCAUGGGCAAACUGGACGUCCCGCUGGAGGAGGUGAUGUCCCAGCAUGCCUCAGUGUGCCCCCCAGAGCCCAUGGACAGCGAGGACCUGCUGUUCCUCCUCUACACGUCCGGCAGCACGGGGAAACCUAAAGGCAUCGUACACACACAGGCUGGAUACCUGCUGUACGCUGCUCUCACACACCAGUUUGUGUUUGACUACCGGGACGGCGACGUGUUCGGCUGCGUGGCCGACGUGGGCUGGAUCACGGGACACAGCUACAUCGUGUACGGGCCGCUGUGCAACGGGGCCACCAGCGUCCUGUUCGAGAGCACGCCCGUCUACCCCGACCCGGGGCGGUACUGGGAGACGGUGCAGCGUUUGAGGAUAAAUCAGUUCUACGGGGCGCCGACUGCCAUCCGGCUGCUGCUGAAGUACGACGAGAGCUGGGUGAAGAAGUACGACCGCUCCUCGCUGAGGACGCUGGGAUCCGUGGGCGAGCCCAUCAACCAUGAGGCCUGGGACUGGUUCUACAACGUGGUCGGAGAUGGACGGUGUCCCUUAGUGGACACAUGGUGGCAGACAGAGACCGGUGGGGUGUGUAUCGCUCCGCGGCCGGCAGAGGACGGAGCAGAGAUCAUUCCUGCGAUGGCCAUGCGGCCGUUCUUCGGCAUCCAGCCGGCGCUGAUGGGAGAGCAGGGCGAGCCUCUGACAGGAAAUGAUGUCAGCGGCGCUCUGUGCAUCAGCCAGCCGUGGCCCGGCAUGGCGCGCUCCAUCUUCAGAGACCACCAGAGAUUCGUGGACGCGUAUUUCAAACCAUAUCCUGGGUAUUACUUCACGGGCGACGCGGCAUUCCGUUCUCCUGACGGCUACUACCAGAUCACCGGACGCAUGGAUGAUGUCAUCAACGUCAGUGGCCAUCGGCUCGGUACAGCAGAGAUAGAGGACGCACUGGAUGAACACCCGGCUGUUCCUGAGUCAGCUGUGAUCGGCAUCCCGCAUGACAUCAAAGGAGAGGUGCCGUUCGCCUUCGUGGUUCUGAAAGACGCCGUGGCGUCGCCGUCGGAGGAGGACGCCGUGCUGACGCAGCUCCGCAGCCUUGUGGCAACCAAGAUCGCAAAGUACGCCGUCCCCGACCACUUCCUGGUGGUGCAGCAGCUUCCUAAGACUCGCUCGGGGAAGAUCAUGCGGCGGAUCCUGAGGAAGAUCGCCUCGGGGGCGGCGGGCGACCUCGGCGACGUGUCGACCCUGGACGACCCCUCCGUCGUCAUGGAGAUCAUCGAGGCUCACGAGCUGUACAGGAAGCAGCAGAGCCAGGAGGAGAAGAAGAAAUGAGAAGGAGGACAGAGAGGCUGAGGAACAUCAUCUGCAGCUGGUCACGGGCGAGGCCUCAGGGAUUUGAACCAGCAACCCUCUGCCCAUAAAGCCACUACUGUAGCCCUCAGGCUCCUGCCGCCUCACAGAAACACGUCCCUUCGAAAGCUGUAAACAUUUUAAAACUCCAGAUGUUUCUGAACCUUUAGAGAAAAGAAUUUCCUUCUUGUCUUCUGUUAGGAAGCUGCAGCAGCCACACACCGCUGCCGCUCAGGUCAUCACAAAUUCACAAAAUAAUAACUUUAAAAGUCUGAAAAAAAAAAAUCUAAUAAGUAAAUUUAAAAAAAUGAGAAAUCACUGUCGGUUUAGUGUUUUUAAAGUUCUUCAGUCCAGCACUGACUUUUCCUCCACAACAUGAUUUCCUGCUUGAAGGUGUGACUCCUUUCUCUGAUAUUUUCUGUCUGGAUUCCAGGAUGUGAUCGUCUGUUCAGAUUUAAACCUGUCAUUUCACAAUAAGAGCUCAUGUAUCUGUAAUUAUGACGUAAAAUCAUGAAGUCUUAAAUCAGAUGACACGCAGUGGAGAUGAGUUUUACUCCAAAGUGCCUUCAGAUGUUUAGUUUUAGAUAGAAAAGUCACAAGUCGUGAGAAUUUGAACAGAUUCGUGUGUGAAUACAUGGAACUUGUUGCCACAGUGAAAUUAUUUCAUAGAGAUUUUAUUUUGCUACAGAAAUAAACUCACACUAACAUGCAUUAACUUGUUGUGUAUGUGUGUGUGUGUGUCUGUGUGUGUGUGUGUGUGUGUGUGUGUGUGUGUGUGUGUUCUGAUGUUC